UAGCUGAAUUCACUGAUUAGGGGGUGCCGGGAGGCUUUCUGAUGUACCGUGUACGUACAGGAGGUCCCUGUUUCUUUCCAGCGAAUAGUAGCGCACGGGCGGAGUUCGUGGAGUGCAGUCCUAAAAAAGUGAAAGAGCUGAAACCUGACACUCCUCCCUUAUACUCCUCACGUACUCUCUCAGCACCUGUCAAGUUUCAAAACCACGCUUACUUCUCUGAAGAGCCACAACCUGGUGGGAAGUAUCUGCCAAGUUUGGAACGGCUACAAACAUCACUGGACUGGAGCACAAACCGCCUUUACGUCCUGCAAACCCAGCCUCGAGGAACAUGAUGUUAUUCAGUGUUUACAGCUGAAACACGGUGGAUGACGUCACAGACUGCUGUGAGCUAGGACUGUCAGAUGUAUGACUGCAGUGAGAAAGAGAGAGUGGUCUGCAGUAUCCAGGGUUUCAGAGAUAGGUCUCCCUCACUUGCUCUCAGCAGGUAGGCUACUUGUGUGGAUUUAGACGUCAGACCAGACUGGACCAGAUCAGACCAGAUUGGACCAGAUUGCACAAGCCAUGGUUUUGCAGAAGCUCCUGAGUUUUGGGAAGCAGCUGUUGCGGGUAAAAGUGGUGGAUUGCUCUGAGGACUCGCGCCUCUCCCGCUGCCUGAACACCUUUGACCUUGUGGCCCUGGGAGUGGGCAGUACCCUGGGGGCUGGUGUGUAUGUGCUUGCUGGAGCGGUAGCUAGGCAGAAUGCAGGGCCUGCCAUAGUGCUGUCCUUCCUCAUCGCGGCCCUGGCCUCGGUGCUGGCUGGCCUGUGCUAUGCUGAGUUCGGGGCACGAGUGCCCAAAACGGGCUCAGCAUAUCUCUACAGCUAUGUGACAGUGGGAGAACUCUGGGCCUUCAUCACCGGCUGGAACCUGAUCCUCUCCUAUAUCAUCGGAACAUCCAGCGUAGCUCGAGCUUGGAGUGCCACUUUCGAUGAGCUGACUGGUAAACAUAUUGAGCACUUCUGUCGUCAGUACAUGAGCAUGAAGGCCCCAGGUGUGCUGGCUGAGUAUCCCGACAUGUUUGCUGUGGCCAUCAUCCUGGGUCUCACAGGUUUGCUGGCUUUUGGGGUGAAGGAGUCAGCUAUGGUCAAUAAGAUAUUCACCUGCAUUAACGUCCUGGUGCUGCUAUUCAUGGUGGUGUCGGGCCUGGUCAAAGGCACGCUCAAGAACUGGCAGCUGAAUCCUGAGGACAUCCUGAACAGAUCCAACUCCUCAGGCUUCAAUACAUCAGAGCCUGAGGUAUCAGAAGAGAGUUUAGGGAUGGGUGGAUUUAUGCCCUUUGGCUUCAGCGGAGUCCUCUCCGGGGCGGCCACCUGCUUCUAUGCUUUCGUAGGGUUCGACUGUAUUGCCACCACAGGUGAGGAGGUGAAGAAUCCGCAGAGGGCCAUCCCCAUCGGCAUCGUCUCCUCUCUCCUCAUCUGCUUCGUGGCCUACUUUGGAGUGUCGGCCGCUCUCACCAUGAUGAUGCCGUAUUACAUGCUGGACAAGAACAGCCCUCUGCCCGUGGCCUUUAAGUAUGUGGGCUGGGAGGGGGCCACCUACGCAGUGGCUAUAGGCUCAUUAUGUGCUCUUUCCACCAGCUUGAUUGGCGCCAUGUUCCCAACGCCCCGGGUCUUGUGGGCAAUGGCAGAUGACGGGCUGCUCUUCAAAUACAUCGCUGAAAUAAACCCGAAAACAAAAACCCCCUUACGUGCUACUCUAACAUCAGGCCUUAUGGCAGCCAUCAUGGCGUUCCUGUUCGACCUGAAGGAUCUAGUUGAUCUGAUGUCUAUUGGCACGCUCCUUGCGUACACUCUGGUUGCUGCCUGUGUGCUGGUGCUCAGAUACCAGCCAGAGCAUCCUACGCCGGUGUACCACAUGGCAAACACACAUGAGGAGCUGGAGCUGAGUGAAUCAUCCAGCGCCACAAGUAUGGGCAUUCUGCCUGGCAUGGAGGAGCGCUUCAGCUUCAAAACACUACUCUUCCCCGACAACACGGAGCCGUCCAGCCUUUCUGGCUCUGCUGUCAAUGUCUGCGCCAGCAUGCUAGGCUUCCUGAUCCUGGCUUUCAGCAUUUUGGCCGUUCAAGGGGGCGCAGCCAGCUGGAGCGUAGCUAUCCUCAGUGUGAUAGCCAUGGUGUGCCUCAUUCUGACUUUCAUCGUCUGGAGACAGCCACAGAGUAAAAGCAAGCUUUCCUUUAAGGUGCCUCUGCUACCCUUCAUUCCUGUGGUUAGCAUGUUCGUUAAUGUGUAUCUGAUGAUGCAGUUGGACAGAGGGACGUGGAUACGCUUCGCGUUGUGGCUGUCCAUCGGCUUGGUGAUCUACUUUGGCUACGGAAUAAGGCACAGCUCGGAAGGUGCUCUGGUUCGCUCUAGCCCCGAUAUAGAGCUUGAUCCGUGCAAGUCCAACUGUGCCCAUAAUGGGGACACCGUGUCACAUGAAAAGGAAGCUUUCCUCUACACCAGACGGGAGAAUGGCGUUGAUGAGGACGGCGAGCUCUGAGAGAGAGCUCACCAAAUGAGCCUCUGUGCUGUCUGCGUCUGUGUGGAGCAUGACACUAGAUGGCACUGAAAAGCACCAACAGGCUGAGUGUGGGGAGAUACAGCACUGUGGUUGUUUAGGUAUGUCACUUCCUUAUGAGGGAGUCUUGUGAGGGGGCUCUAAAUUAGAGAUGGCACAAUAUCGCCUUUUUCCGAUACUGAAACCUUGAGUAUAGGCUGAAACCAAUAUAAUCAGAUUCUUUUUUUCCUUAAAAAUGAGCUAUUUUUAAUUGAAGAACUUGAUUUAAGAUUUUAAGGCCAUCUAAAGGUAUGAAAUGUUUCCACACAGCUGACACUAACCCAGAUACGACAGAUGAAAAUUAGCCUAUCGGUCUAACUCUGGCUCAUUUACAGUUCUGUUGAUCCUAUUUAUUAAUGGGCACUGUCCCUGACAAAUAAAUUACAUACAUACAUACAUACAUACAUCAUCUAAACCGCUUAUCCUUCUGGGUCGCGGUGGGGUGCUGGAGCCUAUCCCAGCUGUCAUUGGGCGGAAGGCAGGAUACCCACCCAAUGACAAAUAAAUUAGUAAAUACAUAAAUAAAUUCCCACUGAUGUGCUUUGCUGAAUAUCUAGCUAUUCCUUCUUAUGUUACCAUUAAGCUACAUGUGGCUACUGUUAUCUCUUGGCACACCUUAUUUCGCUUUAGCUUAUGCUGCGCUCCAAGCAAUUUUGUAAUAUUUCAGAUGAGAUUUGCUACAGAAUUGUAUUCCUCCUUUUUUCCUCUGAUAUUCGAUCUGCCAUUUUUUUUGCUGGUAUCAGCCCGACAUUGAUUCUGGAUAUUGUAUCGGUGCCAUCUCUUCUUUGAACUGUCAGCUAGUGAUUUGCCUUUAAAAUUCUGACAACUCAGGAUUUUGUACCCAGCUUAGAAUAACUCUGAGAAACCAAAACAAACAGAAGACGUCUUGUCUGAGGACAGCUUAGGUAUAUUUUGAUGAUAGGCUCAUUCGACUGCGGUUUAUUACUGUGUGCAUGUCUGGUUGUAAACAGAGAUCAUUUGUGUUGCUCGAUGGCUGCUAUCAUCAUCAGACUGCACUUGCACCAAUGUCUUAACAGGACAGACAAUAUUACAGUCAACAUAGUUGUAACAGAAUCAGGACUGUUCAACUUCUAGCAGUGCUCUCUGUUUAACAAUUUAGAGUGUUUAUUAAAGAAGUUCACGCCAUGGCUGGAUUAAUGCUUCCUGAUUUAGUUUUUACUCUAGUCUGUUUGAGACCACACUCUGCUUACGGAAGCUUUUCUGCUGCUUUAAACUGACUUGAUACAGAUUCUUUUGACACACAAUGUACUCAGAAAAUACUUCAGAACACAAAUGACAAACUGAAUGUGCUCUUUUCUCCAUAACUGAGGGUUUUAUGAACAUUAGGUCAUGUAUAGGUAAUAGGCUAUUGUGGUUAGUAGGUUAUUAUUGCAUUACGUUCAGUGGAAUUUUUCUUGGAUGGAAACACUAGCUCUCCAAUACUCACUAGGACUGAUGGGUGACAAAUUAAAGGUAAAACCAACAUUAAAUGUCUUACUAAGGUGUUGAGCUGCCACAAGCUCCCAGAACAGCUUGGCAUAUAUUCUACAAGUCUGGAACUGUACUGGAGGGAUAAAACAUCUUUCUUGCAAACAGUAUUUAUAUUGUUCUACUGAUUUGCAGUGAUCUUUCUAUCUAAGGUGACAAAUAGACCAAAUCAUGCCAGCAAAAUAACUCCCACACAAUAACAAACUCUCUAGACACCCACAUUGUAGGCGUCAAAACAUUCAGGCCUUUAGUGUUUAGUUGUCCCCCGUCAUUUGGCCUCGUCAUUUUCCCAGCACCAUUUUGAGGGCUGUUCCAUUACUUUAUUAGUGGGCAAAGCUCUUUAUAAGCCAUAGCAAUAAACUACUUUAAAAUGCUUAAUAAUUCAAAACCAUAACAUUUGAAUUACUGCGCUUAAGUUACAAACUACUCCAUCUGUUAUACAUGACAGUUGGUACAGCUUUAUCACUUCACUCUGCUAGCAUGCUAACAGCUAAAAACCACAAAAAGAAAGGCAGAACACCACAGCUCUAGACCACGUUUAUAGACAGACAAAGCACUUACACAAACAUUAUGUAGGUUAUGCUCAAACUUUAAAAAAAAACAAAAACAUUUUGUAUUGUAAAGUUUGCAUGGCUUGCCAGUUAGCUCACUGAAGCUAACUCGCCAAGGGCGAGUGUGUUCCGUUUGAAUAAUCUGGCCCUUGCUGUCCCCUCCUCCCCUUCUGCUGCUUUCCAAAAUUGAGGUCACUUAGGUCUGUUCAGCAUUUUUGUACAUGCCACAGAAAUGUGCUAUAUAAAUAAACUUGCCUUGCCAUAGAGCAUGAUAGGACAUUGAUGCAGUACACGUGUCUGGAAACAUCUGCACUUGUUUCUCCAUUCAAUUAUUCAGCUUUUUCCUUUGAUUUGUCAGCCAUCUGUAUCUAACUUCAUGUACAAAGAGUAUGAUUUUUAUAUCUGGUAAAAUCAAAUGGUUUCUAAAAGAAAAUGAUGACUCUGAUGUAUUUCCCCCAGUCUGUUUAACAGUCAGGACUUGGCCUACAAACUGGAUAUUAAUGUGAACCAACGCUGUAACUAUGGUGUUGCCCACCUGCACACUAGUUUACGAAGAAACGCAUCACAUUUUUGCAAUGAGCUUUCAAUCAAGCAGCUAUGCAUAGACAGAACAUGCAGUGUGUGCAGUCAAAAUUCUGUUUAUAUUCUUGGCAGUAAAUUAUUUGUAAAUUGUGAACGAAGCUUUUUAUAAUGUCAGAACCUGAAAUGUGUAUGCAGAAAUUUGUGUCAUGGUUUGGUUUAUAGUUUAUAGGUAAAAAAAGAAAAGCAAAAAUCUCUUUGCAGUUUUGUUGCUGGACCGAUCCUGAAAAAAAAAUAGAACAUGUUUAAACAUUUGAAAGAAAUUACACAGCAUUUCAUCCACACUCACAGACCUUAAGAUAUUUGCAGACCAGAGGACUUUUUUAACAAAGAUUCUCAAUUAGCUUGGUAAACAAAAGUCAGUACCAUCCAGUAAGAGAAUGUAAGGAAUGUACUUUUUUGGACAAAUCUUACUUUAGAUUUACAUUUUCCAGGUAGCUGAGAAUUCCUGGUUUCUUUUUUUCCCUGAACUUUGUUAUGUUGACUGAAUUUUGGACUUUGAAUGAUUGUUUCCCUUUUCAGAACAAGAUUAGCAAUAAUCAAACCUCCCAUUAAAAAUGUAUGUGUUUGUCAGCUCCUGUAAUGUAAUGAAAUGCUGUUUACAGUAUCUCACGGUGUUCUUUGUCCUUUUCGUUGGACCAUUUCUACUGUGAUUUGUAUAUUUAGUGCAAAAAAAGCCUGGAAUGGUUGUGAGCCAUAUGUCCUUUGGUGUAGUUUUAGAACACUGUGUUUUUCCUGUUUCACUUGCUGCUGUAAAUAAAAUGCUUUUUUUGUGAUA